AUGCAUUCUGCACCAACUCACCAAUUGCUGGGCAUUGAUACGAAUACCACAUCACAUGCGUCUAAUGAUGUUAAUACGUUAAUACAACAACCAUGGGCAGUCAUACUGUCCUGUAUAUUUGGUGGAGCACUAUUUUAUCUCCUUAUAACAUUGAUGCAUCUGUGCGUCUACACGUAUUACUUAAGAAAACGUCUUUUAAUGAUAACAACAACUGCAUGCGGAUUUGGAAUUCUACGUUUAUUUUUGGGCCUGUAUGAUUUUGCUACACCUCAAAUACAAACAACACAAAAAACCGUGCUAUUUAUAUGCGCAAACGUAAUAGCAUUUGGUCUGAGUGAUACGGUUCUUUAUCUUCGCGCUGCCCCAUUCUCAAAAUAUCCCCUAAUAACACGAGCAGCCUGGAUCUUGACCUCAAUCAUCAAAAUAAUUUUAUUCAGUAUCGUCGAUGAACCUCGCAUGGCGAUGUCCUCACAAGUGUACGCUCUAUCCAUAGAAAAUCGACGAAUCGUCUUCAAUGCUGUCUACGACACGCUGACAAUCGUCUAUUAUGCUUAUAUUUCGUGGGUGUUUAUCGAACAUUUACGAGAGCGUGGAUUACUGACCACCGGACAUGUUUAUGGACCAACCAAUGAUCAUGCCGUGAAAUUUCGUCGAUUAUUACACGUCUCGAUUGCUUAUGGGCUCUUGGGAAUGGGUGUGGUGACAUUGACGAGAUUUUUGAGAGCUGUAUUGUCGUCGGAUAGUAGUUGUUUGAUGCUGGGAUUGGCUGUGGCUGCUGAAGUUUGUAUAGUUCCGUGUAUGAUCAAAACGGAAAUAGCGAGCAAGAAAAGUGGGAUUGGAAUUGGACUAUUGAACGAUGGGAGAGGAAAUGACGAAAAACAUUUGUCAGAAGCCGCCAGUAUACUAAAAUUGAGGAGUAUUUUUUUUGGACACGGAAACAACCGUCAUCGUGUUAAUAUCGAUAGUUUUGACGAGCAGAUCGAUGAUAAUAGUAUUCCUAAUAACAUUGUCGCUGGAACUGAUGAUGAUAUUCGGAACUCGAGAGAUAGUAAUAAUAAUCACCCAAGAAAUCUAAUCAUUUCUUUGGGUUCAUCUAUUAUUGCCUCAGAAGACCACAAUCACUCGAGAAAUCAAUCACUAUUAUUAUCACCAAAUACUGUUAGCACCACACCCACUACGGAUUCACCACCAGACACAAAUUCUCAUAUCAUAAUACACUUGACACCACCGGUGAGUUUAGAAAGACAAAGUAAAUUUGAUGAUGGUUCCUGA